AUGACAGGAUCACUGAAUACCGUAUCUGUGCAUGCUCUACGAGCAGGCCAGUUGACUCUCCCAGAAAGACAAUUUAUUUCACCCAUCGAGGAUUCAGACCAGAGAAAGACUGUUCCAUCAUUGUCCUUUCUUAUUCAACAUGAAGCCAGCUCGACAGGAAAAGUGACUCGCUUGAUUUUUGAUUUGGGGAUACGACGAGAGCCAGAACUUUACGCAGAGCCCAUUCGUCAACAUACCACAACUAGACAGCCCCUUCAUGGGCAUCCAGAUGUCAUUGAUUCACUUUCACUGGGAGGUCUUUCUAGCUCAGACAUUGAUUUCGUCAUCCUCUCUCAUGUUCAUUGGGAUCAUGUGGGUAUGCCUUCCGACUUUGCAGAUACCAGUUUCAUCGUUGGCAAUGGGUCCCUGGAUCUCUUGAGUGGAAAAAAGCAAACAAACAACGGCGGCCACAGUCACUUUGAGAAUGAUUUACUCCCAGAAGAUCGCACAAUAGAACUUCCCGCACCGCCCAACGACGAUGUACCUGUUGUUGAGAAAGCCAGGGGGUUGACCAAACUAUCUCAAUCCCUACCCUUUGGUCAACCUCUAUGGAAAUCGUUCGAAACGCUGCCGCACGUUAUUGACGUCUUUUCUGAUGGAAGUCUUAUGAUCGUUGAUGCACCUGGCCAUCUUCCCGGCCAUAUUAAUCUACUCUGCCGAGUCAAUGUCAAUCCAAUUCGAUAUGUGUAUCUCGCUGGCGAUGCCUGCCAUGACCGUCGGAUUCUGAUUGGCGAGAAAGGGAUAGCAGAGUGGCCCGACUCAAAUAACCCCCUCAAGAUCCGCUGCAUUCAUGCCAAUAGAGAUAAAGCAAUGCAAACUAUCAGGAUGAUCAGAAAUUUGGAAACACAUGGGACACUACUUGGUGACGUGGAGGUUAUACUAGCGCAUGACGCUGAAUGGGCAGACUCUGCAAAUCUCGAAGGCAAAUAUUUCCCGGGACAUCUUUAG